AUGUCGGCGAACACCGGGAAAGCCAACAAGCGGGCGCUCGACACCUAUAUCCAGGUGCUGCGCGAUAUCAACAAGUACCCCGACAAGGCGUAUAGCGGGCCAAGGGGGAGCCAGCUUACCCCUGUCGCCACGAACUGUGGCACGUAUAUCUCACCUCUAUCGCUGCUCGAACCUCACCAAUACCCGCGCUCCGUUCUCAGUCUGGACGCCGCUAAACGCGUGCUCCUUGUCAACGUCUUUGAAGAGACGCGCUUUGAUCCGGCGGGGAACGUUCAGACGUUGCCCGGAUUCCAAUACAUAUGCCCGAACAUCGACUGCGACCUCGCAAAGGCAGACCACUGGCCCACAAUCAUCACCGGAAUCUUUGAGGAUGGCACCCUGAGUGCCUGCAUUGCAUGCCUCCGCAAGAAAAGGCAGAACUGCACAAUCGAAGGACUGAUGAUUCCUCUGUACAAGUUUAAGGGUCAAGAAUUCAACCAGGCCAAGUUGUCACGGGCUGUCGAAGAGAUCGAUCUUGACAAGUACAUUAAGGCGUCCAAGGCACAAGUGGAGUAA